AAAAAAAAACUCUAAUGGUAAUGUCAUUAAGGCUGAGAAAUGCGUGAAAAACAAAAUGACUUCCGUAGUCGAUAUAUAUAAAUAUGAUGCCUGAAUACAGGCAACACAUCAUCUGCCGAAUCCAAAAUGUUCACAUCUGCCAUCGUUUGUGUCUUCGCUUUUUUGGUGCUUGGCGCUGCUGAAGCACAGAGCCCAGGAGCUGAAGGUGGUGCCCAAGGAGGCUUCAACUUCAAUGUCGGGGCUGGAGGCGGUGCUUCUGGGGAAGGAGGACCCGGAGGGGAGGCAGGCGGACAAGCGGGGGCAGGAUUCAGCUUUGGAGGCAGUGCCGGGGGUGGAGCUGGAGGACGAUAAAAUUUCCUAUCAACAAUAAUUUCUAUCAAGAAGCACAAAUAAUUAUAAUUUUGAUUCAAGUGUCUAUCCAUUAUGUUUCGCAAAACAAUAUCAGUGUUAAUGUUUUCAGAUUAUAAAUUAUAAAUAUUUAAUAAAAAAU